AUGACAGAUACCUCCUCCCUCGCCAUCACGCACGCCACCACGGAUUCGUUCCCGGCCCCCGCCCCUCUAGGCUCUCCUAUCGCUAACGGUGCGAUAUCUGACUCAGUCGCGCCCGACGAGGAAGAACCGUACACCAUCAAAUGCAUCUGCUCGUUCGAUGAAGAUGAUGGAAGCACGGUAUUCUGCGAAGGGUGUGAGACGUGGCAACACAUCAUCUGCUAUUACCCAGACAAACGGGUCCCGGAUGUGCACAACUGCGUCGACUGCGAACCCCGGCUGUUAGACAACCGUCGUGCCGCUGAACGUCAGCGACAACGACGGCUACGAGAGCAAAGUGAGGACGGUGACCGGAAAAAACGAUCCAGUGCUAAAUCCCAAAGGAAAAAGACCCGGGAUGGGGAUGUUAAUGGAUUUGGACACCAGCGAAGCGAGUCGGGGCCUCGUGAUCAACCCCCAGCCAAGAAGAGCAAAAUCUCCCACCGUUCCUCUACGUCUGUCAGCGCUCUGACUGGUGCUCCGAACAUGCCUAUUCCAUCUGAUUCUCGCAAGCGACGUUCCUCAACCUCCAUGGCUCCCAGUCCGACAAAGCCCUCUGGCCCUUCCAUUCCCUUGUUUUCGAAUGAAUUCCUCCACCUUUAUGACCGUGAUGAUGAACAUGUUGAAAUGGACAGCAAUCUUUUCAUCAAUGUGAACCUUGUGGGAGACAUUGCUUCGUGGGUUAAGGACCCAGAGGCCUUGGCACGAGUUACGAAUGGCCGUCGUGCUGAAGACACCUUCAACCGGUCUGAUGCAGCCCUCGAUCGAUCCCGCUGGCCCACCUUGACCACGGAUACCCUUACUGAUCCUAAUCUUGAGAUUGGUGGAAAGACUCCGUCUUGGAAAAUAGUCAGGACAAAAGAUGCCGUUCAGAAGGAUCAAAUUGUCGGCGAGAUCACCGGCAAAGUUGGCAUUUUCGAUGACUAUUGUCUGGAUCUCAACAACCGUUGGGCGGAAUUGCGUCACCCAGAACCUUUUGUUUUCUUUAGUUCCCACCUUCCUCUUUACAUUGACAGCCGCCACGAAGGAAGCGUCCUUCGUUACACCCGUCGGUCAUGCCGUCCCAACGUGACCAUGAAGAUCUUCAUCACCAACGAUGUCGAGUAUCAUUUCUGCUUUGUGGCGAAGGAAGACAUCCCAGCCAAUUCCGAAAUCACAAUUAUGUGGUAUCUUGACGCCCAAUUGUCAGAAUCAUCUAAUGGACUGGUCAAGCAAGAGUCUGGUGACAGUGCAACAGAGGCCGCCGCUAUCUGUAUUAGCAAUACCCUCGCUAAUUUCGGCGGCUGCGCCUGUGAAUUGCCACAGAAUUGCCUGCUUGCUAACCUAGACCGCCGACGACCUCCCAAGUCGCUGGACACGAAUACUAAGCAACCCAAUGGUAAACGCAAGAAGGGCAAAUCCAAGUCAGUGGCAUCGCCACUGGAUACCAGUCGCGCGUCUACUAGUCGUGCUGGAAGUGAGAUUGCGAAACACGCGGAAGAUGACGAUGUAGCCGCCGAGACUCGCUCAACAUCUGGUUCGGCGCGUGGUCAACCUCGUAGCCGCGACAUGAGCCCCGCAGUCAUCUCGGGACCUGAAUUGUCUACCCGCGAAAAACGCAAGAUUGCAGACGCUGAGAAACAAUUCCAGCAACUGGAGCAUGAUCAGCGAACCACGACUCAUCGGAAAAAGAAACGAGUCAGUGGCCCCUCAACCCAAUCUCCCUCCGCUAUCACAAACUUCACCCAAAGUGGUUAUUUCGGCUCCCAACGUCCACCCGCCAAGUCCCUCCAGAUUGACACUGCUGGUCACUCUCGUUCACCCACCGCUGCUCCUUCGCCUGCCUCUGUUCCUACAACCUCCAACCGGGGCGGUGCCAACAUGUCACCCCCCACAGACAUCGGGGAUUUUUCUGUUCAAGUGAAUUUGGACGAAGAAGAGCGUCAGCGGAGCUUGGCGAACUCACCACCAUUCACUCGUAUCCGGCGACUGGGUGACUUGGCAAGGGAGAAGUGGCUUGAAGCUCGUGCUCGGGAGCGUGCUCGACUGGCGUUAUCUUCAGCCGGUUCGGACAGUGUGGCUCCUGCAGAGGUAUCCUCGCCUGUUGUGCCUCAGUCACCCACCACCAUCACCGAGAAGCCUGAUCUUCCUAUGUCUGAUGCAGACAUGCAGACUGUGUUUUCCGUAUCUGGCGAAGUUGAGAUGCAAGAUGUGCCAGGAUCCAUUCAAUCUGAUGCAAUCCAAACUGAUUCACGCAUGCCUGUGACCCCGCCACCAUGGCCCUCUACAGUUUCACACCACCUCCGGAUUCCAGGGACUCCUUCUCGUGCUGGUCUUCGCGUUUCCAUGCCACCUCCUGUCAUUCCCAACAUUCCGGCCGCAAUCAGUCCUGGUUCUGCAUCGACCACAAGUUUCACCUCGCCCACCUCCCUAGACGCGUCCUCUCCCAACGCGUUUGUCCCUCCAGCUGGGGGAAGCGCUCCCACACCAACCCCAGUUAAGAAGAAGCUGAGCCUCGGUGAUUAUCUGAUCAGACGAGGCACCAUGGCAACUCCGAUCUCGGAGAAGACCCACGCGCAGGCCGUCGCCAUACCGUCUGCGCAAACACCACCAUCGACCCCGGGUUCUGGGCCGGCGCCUAGUGCAGACGGCGCUCAGACUCCCACAAAGUCAUCUCCCGAUGGCAGCAAGGUUGAGUCGCUGGGCUCUCCUGACGUCACGAUGAAGGACGCCGCGGAGUCGACCAAGUCACACAUUCCCUCCAUCUCCUCGUGA